CAAAUAGGUCUUCCACAAUUGCCUCAAGUCGCUAGCAGCUCAUAUUUCGAGAUCAUGAGGCAGUGGCUGAUUGACUGCGAUCAUAAUCACCCAAAAUGCAGGCGCUCGAGUGCAAGGGACCUUCCUACAAGGUUGAUAUAUGUGGGGACACUCGUUAAUCCAUCUCUCAGCCUGUAUGAAACGCAGCCUAGAGACAACAUGAGAUAUUCUGCUCUGUCUCACCCGUGGGGCAAACCUCCUCACUUUUGCACAUUCCCGUCCACGAUUGACAACCACAAAAAAGGCAUUGACUUCUACGAUCUACCGCUCACAUUCAGAAACGCAAUCACUGUCACUAGGGAAUUGAACUUGCAGUAUCUGUGGAUCGAUUCGAUUUGUAUCAUUCAAGGCCCUGAUGGGGAUUUUGAGAAUGAAGCUACGCGCAUGGAAGCUGUGUUUAGCAACGCUUACUGUGUUCUCGCCGCAUGCUCAGUUUUGGGACAAGGGGAUUCCUUUCUCAACGAGCGUAAGAAGAGAAAGAAUAUAUCCCUGAAAUACGAAGGGAAGCCCGCUAUAUUUGUGUGCGAAUUUAUGGAUAACUUCAACCAGGAUGUGCUGGAGAGUAAUCUCAGUCAGCGUGGGUGGGUGCUUCAAGAGAGAGCAUUGGCUCGAAGAACGAUAUAUUUCACGGACAAACAAACAUAUUGGGAGUGCGGUGGAGGUGUUCGAUGUGAGACAAUGGCACGGAUGGACAAUACGCUUGCAUCUUUUCUCGGAGACCCGAACUUCCCCAAAGUUGCCAUCGAGUCCUCUCGAGGGGGAAAAAUUCUAUUUCACCAGAGCCUAUGCAAGCAAUACUCUCGCCUCGCUUUCACUCGACAAACCGACCGUCCUGUUGCGAUAUCAGGACUCGAAAAACGGCUCGUCCAAAGCUUCGGUGUCUCCGGCGGCUAUGGGGUUUUGAAUGAUACGAAAAAUCCCGGCAUGCUUCGACGCAGCAUGCUUUGGCACAGAGCUUCCGACUGUACUACUCUAAGAAGGAUCAGCUUCGCCCGUUCAGCACCACCAACAUGGUCUUGCAUGUCGUACGAAGGACCUAUUGAUUACCCAGAUCUGCCCUUUGCACAAGUGGAAUGGGAACAAUGUGACAUCCAGUCACAAUUCUUAGAGAGUGGGACG